UGUGAUAGCGUUGGAGAUAUAUGAGAGAGACGUGUGUGUGUGUGGCAACACCGAGCUUGUAAACACAGCUGGCGGGGCAAGUCUGAGGGUCGCUGAGUCUUGGUCAAAAAUAACUUGUGGUUGUGUGCAGGAUGAAGUACACUCUUGUUGCCACCAAAGACAAGCCUGGGCUCCCCAGCGGCACCAACGAGAGCCAGACAGUGGUGGAAGGCUGUGGCAAGUUGGACUUUGGUGAAUACGAACUUGAACUCUGGGAUUUAAGGUACAAUAGCAUCUUACGCAAUCACAUGCAAAAUAUGCAAGGGCAUAAUAGCGGAAAGUCAUGGCUGCGGGACUGGCUGAGGCCAUCAUGUGUACCCAUUACCAUCAUCGUAACACUUUCGACGCUCAUUGUUGCCAUGGCUCUCCUGGAUGACAGUAUCUCCCGUAACCAGAACAAGUACUCGGAUUGCGAUCGGUGCAGCUUUCGAUUGGUUGAAAGUAUUCCUGAGAAUCUGACCUACAGCCCAGGCAGCAUCCAGUAUCCUAGUAUCUAUAGUGCUUGGACAUCCCUCAUUGAUGAUGCAGAAGAGUCCAUUGACAUAGCUGCAUUUUAUUGGACAUUACUUAAUGAUGAUGUUACCAAGAAACCAAUGGCUUCAGCCUGGCAAGGAGAGGAUAUUCUUAGACGUCUUAAUGAUACAGGUAUUGGUAAAAAUGUGCUUAUUAGAAUAGCACAGAAUUCCCCCUCGGCUGUCUCUCCACAGCGUGACAGUGAACUGCUUGCUGCAGCAGGUGCUGCUCAAGUUCGAAGUUUAGAUUUCCAUCAUCUUAUGGGUGGAGGCGUCCUGCAUACCAAAAUGUGGAUUGUGGAUGGUCGGCACGUAUAUCUUGGAAGUGCAAAUAUGGACUGGCGGUCUCUUACUCAGGUGAAAGAAGUUGGCAUAGUUAUUAACAAUUGUUCAUGUUUGGCAAAUGACAUGAGCAAAAUCUUUGAGGUUUACUGGCAGUUGGGCAAGAAGGGAGCCGAUAUUCCACCUGUCUGGCCUCGCCCUUUGCAGACGCUCUUUAAUAUUGAGAACCAAAUGCCCAUAUCCCUCGGUGGGUUCACAGUUGACACUUAUCUUUCUAGUUCUCCACCUCCAUUUUGUCCGAAGGGAAGGAGCAAUGAUAUCGAUGCCAUUGUUGACGUUAUUAGUAAAGCUAAGAAGUUUAUUUACAUUGCUGUAAUGGACUAUUUCCCAAAGAUGCUGUUUACUAAGAGAAAGAUAUUUUGGCCUGUCAUUGAUAACAGCCUCCGUGCUGCAGCCAUGGAGAGAGGUGUUCGUAUACGUGUUCUGGGCUCCCAUUGGAAUCAUACGCGUCCUGAUAUGAAAUAUUACUUAAAGUCAUUGCAAGAUCUGACCAGCACAGCAACCGUGAUGGACAUUGAAACGCGCUUGUUUGUAGUUCCAGCAUAUACAGAAGAGCAGCAAGAAAUACCAUUUGGCCGAGUUAACCACAACAAGUACAUGGUGACGGAUAAUACUGCUUAUAUUGGCACCUCAAACUGGAGUGCAGACUACUUUAUCAACACAGGAGGAAUUGGACUAAUUGUUAAUGAAACGGAUUCAACUUUAUCAAAUUCAGACAGUGAUGUGCAAACUUUGUCUGUCCGCCAGCAACUUCAGGCAUUAUUUGAACGAGAUUGGACUUCAGAACAUGCUAAACCCAUAGAUGAGUUCUUCUAGUAAUGGGAAGAGUUGUAUGUUUUACUGAAUUACUGUAACUAUAUUAUAUUUUAAUGUAAGAGUUUGAAAGGUAGAUAUAUCUAAGAUAUUGUAAUAUAUUGUUAUUUACAAGUUAAUGGAUAUUUUAGAUACUAUAUAAGUCAUCCAUUUCAAAAAUUCUCUUGACUGUUUUAAGUGACAUUUAGGGAGCCAGUCGACCAAGCGGACAGCACGCUGGACUUGUGAUCCUGUGGUCCCGGGUUUGAUCCCAGGCGCCGGCGAGAAACAAUGGGCAUAGUUUCUUUCACCCUAUGUCCCUGUUACCUAGCAGUAAAAUAGGUACCU